GUGGCGGGUGGCGUCCGCGCCGCGCCCGGACUCAUCCCUUUGCGCCGCGUUCAUCCCUUUGCGCCACCGGGAUAGCGGUGCUGCUCCCUCCGGUGGCGCCGGUCGUGUUGGGGCCUCAGCGCGGCGGGGCUGCAGUAGCGCGGGACGGCGCGCGACAUAUGGUGCGCUGCUCACCUGCCUGUAGACAGACGUGUGUGUGUUUGACCUGCCGCCGGCCUUGCUCGGCCUGCCUGUCUGUGCCGCGUGCCUGCGCAAGGACUCCAGAAAGUUCAGUGCCAUUGAAGAGACCCAGCUAUGGAAGGGAAACCCUUGGUGACAUCAAAGCAGAAGACUGCCGAGGUGUGUGGGGUCCCCACCCAGGUGGUCUGCACAGCGUUCAGCAGUCACGUCCUGGUGGUGGUGACCCAGUUCGGGAAGAUGGGUACCCUGGUCGCCUUGGAACCCACCAGUGUGGCUGGUGACAUCAGCAAGCCCAUGCUCACCACCAGAGUCCUUCUGGGGCAGGACGAGCCUCUCAUCCAUGUCUUUGCAAAGAACCUGGUGACGUUUGUGUCUCAAGAAGCUGGAAACAGAGCCAUCCUCCUCGCUAUGGCCGUGAAGGACAGAAGCGUGGAGGUGCUGAAGGCCUUGAAGGAGGUGAUCCAGGCGUGCCAGGUGUGGUGAUCCUAGAGUUAGCUAUACCUGCUGCUCAGCAGGACUGUAUGGAGGCGCAGGCGCCCCCUUGGUGAUUUGAAGACACCGCCUUUGGUCAUUCAGAAAGAGGAACAUUCUCUGGCAUCAACUAUGGAAGCCAAAAGACAUAGGCACAUUUCAGGUAGACAUUUUGGCCACUAAUGUCAUCCGUGGAUGGAAGGAAGACACAUAAUGUGUCUCGGGGAGUUGUGAAUGGUUCUCACUGGGGUCCACAGAACAGCAUGUAUUCGAGAAUGGAGAGAAAGAGGUGUCAGGCAUGAGCCAUGGUUCUCAGGGUGCAGGGUCAGUUGGAGGGAAUUUAUUUUAUUAAAAAUAAAUGCAUAUCCUUAAAUACUUCACCAUUCUUAUUAAAAAUACUGGGAAAUCUCA